AUGCAGCGUGUUCAAUACUCAACGAAAGAUCUCUCAGAAGCGUCAAAUUCGGCAUUUCCGAAUCGUAUGAUGAAUCGAGGAUAUCGAUCUUCCACUCUCACUGAAACAAAAACUUCUGAAGGGUCUCGUUCAGCCUCUCAGAGUCUUCAUCAGUCUCAGAGUCAGUCAGUGAGAAGCCAACACACCGCAGCUUCACAGCACAGAUCAGGGACGACAAGAAGCUCCAACGAAGAGCCAGCCACGAAUUUCAUCUGCAGUGAUGCAGCCGAGUCGCCGAGUAUCAACAGCGAAGAAGCUGGGAACUCGGAGAGCGGAACACCAAGAAUUCCGCUAUCCUUCGGUUCUCGUCAUCCAAGUAAUGAGGAGAAUUCCAUCCAACAGCAAACAGUCGACAGACGAGCCAUGAGACCUCAAAAGCUCUUCUCAGCUGAGAGUGAGGGAACACCUGGCAGCAAAGAUCAAGGAGCUUUCAGUCGAAAUAGAGAGAGAAUUCCGACUCAACGAUCGAGUUCAUUAGAUCGAAUUCAACUUGGAGAUGCGGAGAGAAAAUUUCAGAACUUUUUGAAAUCUGAAAAAGGUGCUCCAAUUUGUGAAAUGGAGUCUGUGAAACGCGAGUUGACACUUCAAAGACAACAGAAGCAACAAAUUGCUGAACACCUUGUAAACGUUCAAACAGCAGAAGAAUGUGUUAAAGCAAAACAAGAAGCGUUAAAAGCAACAGAAGAAGGUUUACUUGAAGAUCAAGAGAAAAUUGAACGUAGGGAGAUUCUCUUACGUGACGAAAGGGCUGAAGUGGAGAAGCUGAGAAGUGAGUUGUCAUUGAAAGAGAAAGACCUUGAAAUCGAAAGGAAACGAUAUAAAAGAGAAUUAAACAAGUGCGAACUGAAAGCAGAAGCUCAGAAGGAAGAAGCCGCAAGACUACAGUCCCAAUUUGAGAAACUUGAGAAAAGGGAAUCAGAACUGAUUGAGGGAGAUCGGCAAAUUCGAGAAGCCAGAGAAAACUUAAACAUCCAGCAAUCUGAGUUAGACGCGUUGAGGCUACAAAUUCAGGAACGCGAAGUUGGCUUAGCGGAGUCUGAGAUAGAAGUAUGUAUUCAUGACUAUAAAACUCGAGUUUUGAUGAUGAUGGAUAGAUACAUCGAAUUUCAGGUGGAGGAGCGUGAAGGUAAAUUAAGUCGGUGGGAAGAAGAUUUGCGAUUAAAAGAGAAAACUCUCGAAGAACAAUCGCGACAAAUAGAAGAACUCAAAAUUGUUAGCGAGAAGCAUGAUCAAGCGCUGAAGAAGAAAUCCGAACUUUUAGAUUCCGAUUUGCAGCAAUUGCAGAAUCAGAGACGAGCGUUGGACGCUGAAAGAGAAGCGUUAACGUCUGAAAUAGAGACUUGGCAUGCAAAGCGUGAAGCAGAAGAUUUCCAGAAAAAUGAAGAAUAUCAGAAAUUAGAAGAAUUUGAAGCAGAAUUGGAUGAGAGAGUCUCUCGAUUGCGGAACUCAGAGAAUGAAGUGGCUGAAAAACAGGCUGAUCUUACAAAAAGAGAACAACAUUGGACGAGUCUUGAAGAAGAAUUACGGAGUAGAUCCGAGAAAAUAGAAGAAAAACGAUCAGAAUGGCAUCUCUCCGUCAUGCAAGAUGUUGUCGAACAGAAGGAGCAGCUUGAGCUUAUGAAGUGGGUGAUUCAAUUCGCUUAA